AUGGCGAUCCCAGCAGGAGGCGGGGGCGCUGAGACCGGAAGUGGUCACACUCUGGUCGAGUUCGGGUUUGCCCACCUGCUGGACCUACUGCCCGGCCGCAAGACCAACCAGCUGCAGUACAUGCAGAACGUGGUGGUGAAGACGCUGUGGAAGCACCAGUUCGCCUGGCCCUUCUACCAGCCCGUGGACGCCAUCAAGCUGAACCUGCCCGAUUAUCAUAAAAUAAUAAAAAACCCGAUGGACAUGGGGACUAUCAAGAAGAGACUAGAAAACAAUUAUUAUUGGAGUGCAAGCGAGUGUAUGCAGGACUUCAACACCAUGUUUACAAAUUGUUAUAUUUAUAACAAGCCCACAGAUGACAUAGUGCUAAUGGCCCAAGCCUUAGAGAAAAUUUUUCUGCAGAAAGUGGCCCAGAUGCCCCAGGAGGAAGUUGAAUUAUUACCCCCCGCUCCGAAGGGCAAAGGCCGGAAACCGGCUGCGGGAGCCCAGAGUGCAGGUUCGCAGCAAGUGGCGGCCGUGUCCUCUGUCUCCCCGGCGACCCCCUUUCAGAGCGUCCCCCCCACUGUCUCCCAGACGCCCGUCAUUGCUGCCACCCCUGUGCCAACUAUCACCGCAAACAUCACGUCGGUCCCUGUCCCCCCAACUGCUGCCCCACCGCCCCCGGCGACACCCAUCAUCCCUGUGGUCCCUCCCACGCCUCCCGUCAUCAAGAAAAAGGGCGUGAAGCGGAAAGCAGACACGACCACGCCCACGACUGAAACCCAAGCCUGGCCCGCAGCUCACGUGCGGGGCUUCCUGCCCGGGGCUUCUCCGGGCUCGGAUGGGGGUAGACGUGUGAGCAGGGGCGUCUGGCUGAGCCCGGGACGCUGGGCAGUGCCCCUCACGCCCCGUCGCCAUCUGUUACAGAAGAAGAUGGACAGCCGCGAGUACCCGGACGCACAGGGCUUUGCGGCCGACAUCCGGUUAAUGUUCUCCAACUGUUACAAGUACAACCCGCCCGACCACGAGGUGGUGGCCAUGGCCAGGAAGCUGCAGGUAACCAUUGACGUGGUGGCCCAAGUGCUGGCCGGCCGCCACCUGCUCCCUGGCACUUGGCCUGGGACCCAGCCAGCCAGGGGCAGCCUCAGGCAGCCAGCCUGGCUCCUCUGCUUGGGCCCCACCGUGGGCAUGGGCAUCUGUAAGAGCCAGGAGGGGACGGAGCCGGACGGAAGGGGGAGGGGAGGGCCGAGGGGACAGGGGCUCCACGCCACGCCGCUCUUUGCCUCCUGCCUCAGACAGCCCAAGAAGGGCGGCAAGCAGGCGUCGGCCUCCUACGACUCGGAGGAGGAGGAGGAGGGCCUGCCCAUGAGCUACGACGAGAAGCGCCAGCUGAGCCUGGACAUCAACCGGCUGCCGGGGGAGAAGCUGGGCCGCGUGGUGCACAUCAUCCAGUCGCGGGAGCCCUCGCUCCGGGACUCCAACCCCGACGAGAUCGAGAUCGACUUCGAGACCCUGAAGCCCACCACGCUGCGGGAGCUGGAGCGAUACGUCAAGUCGUGUUUACAGAAGAAGCAGAGGAAGCCGCUCUCCGCUAGCGGGAGAAGCGCCUGGCCCCAGAGUUGAGCGUGGAGGGAGCCGUCUGGGCGAGACAGCGGUUUCUCGGGCCUCCCCGGGCGCUGUCCCUGCUGAGGCACGUGGCUCGUCGGUGCUGCAGUCCCUGCGGCUCUCUGUCCAGACUGCACAGCGGUGUCUCUCCCAUCUGGGCCCCUCCAGCCUCAGCUCACCUGCGGGUGUUGGUUAUGUCUCUGUGCUGGGGAGGCUGCGGUUUGGGGGGGGCCUGCGUGCGUGGCCUGAGUCUAAGGGGAAGGACCCGCGUGUUGAGCUGGUCGGCCACGCGGAGGGAAUGGCUUUGCAAACACCCUCGGGACUGACCUCGAGGGCCACGGGCAGGCUGCACGCGUCCUGGGGCAGGACGUCGCCUCGCUCGCCACACACUGUAAGAUACGUCGCCUUUGCGUUUGGGUUUGUUCUUUUGCGGAUUCACGUCUUUUACAGUUGUUUGGGGAAAGCAGCCCCCGCGUGACGCUUCCCGACGUUUUCCUUUUUAUAUUUAAAACGUUGCUUUCUGUAUGAUGUGCAUGCGAGUUUACCGUACCUUUUCUUAAACUUUUUAGUGCCGUUUCUAGUAUAUUCCUGUAAAUGUCAGUUACUGAAAACGAGUCCAUUGUACGUAGUUUUAGCUUGUUUGCUGCAAUGCUGGCCUCCACACACAGAAUAAAAUGGUAGCAAGUGCUCCGAUGUUUCUGGUAAUCAUGGACCCUUCUCCUGGGGCGUUUGUUUUGUUUUCAUAAUAAAAGCAAAAAAAAAUAAAAAUAAAAAAGGA